AUGAUAACGAUUUCGAAAUUGAAAGAAAUUUUGAAUAGUAAAUUAGGACCACCGCAAGAUAUCGAAAUUAAGAUCAAUGAAGCAAAUGUUAUUGUAUGUAACUGGAAGGAACCAGAAUGGGCCAGCAAUUAUUCAGUUUUACGAUAUACAAUAUAUUUUACGAGAGAUCCAGGAUUAACUGAUGAAAAUUACAAAGAAUGGAUAUCCGUUAACGUAAGCUCAAAUCAGACGAACUAUCGAAUGAGCGAUCAUGUUUUGUUUCGACCUAAAACUUUAUAUCGAAUGCGUAUAACAGCCUCAAAUAAUAUUGGAGAAAGUUUACCCAGUGAAGUUUUCGAAUUCGAGACGGCUUCACAUGAAUUACCAGUUCCGACUGAUGUUCAAGUGCAUGUUAAUAACGACAGUUCGGUUACUAUUUUUUUCACCGCUGUAAGAAAUUCAAUUAAUCGCUCACUUUAUGUCGAGGAUUAUGAAGUUUCUAUAUCACCUUCUACUGACGCAUUUGCUGCUCAAUUCUUAUCAGUUCCAGUUACUGACAAAUUUUUCAAUAAUAUGAAUGCAAUGAUUGCAUUAAAAAUCGCGUCGAAAAAUUUUAUCCCAAAUACUCAAUAUUGGCUAAUAGUUCGAGCGAAAAUCGAAGGACGGCGUUCACCAUCGAGUAUUCCACGACUUAUCACUUUAAGCUAA